CCUGUUUUCUGGGGGGAAAAAAGUGAAAGUGUAGCUGGUUCAGACUCAAACUGCCCUAAUUUCUUUUACACGCUUAUCAUCCGCUCAAAGCUGCAGGGUGUCAGUUUUUCUGUUCAGGAUGUCAGCUGUUAAGAUGACAGAGGGGAGUGUGCAGGUGAAGAGCUGCAAAGCGCCACUGUUCUACAGACAGAGUGAACCUGCUGGAGGGGAAGUGAGAAUAUCAGUUUUACUCCUUCACGGCAUCCGUUUCUCAUCUGAAAACUGGCUCAACAUUGGCACUCUGGAGACUCUGGCCAAAGCAGGCUGCCGUGCAGUCGCCAUUGACCUACCAGGGCUCGGUCGGUCCAAGUCAGCCGAGGCCCCGGCGGCGGUCGGAGAACCGGCCCCUGCGGAUUUCCUGAAGGAGGUGUGCGAGGAGCUGAGCCUGAGCCCGGUAGUGGUGAUCAGCCCGUCCCUCAGUGGGAUGUACUCCCUCCCCUUCCUCCUCCAGCACCAGGCUCUGGUACGAGCCUACAUCCCUGUAGCUCCCAUCUGCACCGACAAAUUCACACCAGAGCAGUACCGGAGUGUAAAGGUCCCAUCUCUGAUUGUUUAUGGUGACCAGGACACUCAGCUUGGAGAACUGUCACUGAGCAACCUGAGCAACCUGGCCAAUCACAGCGUGGUGGUGAUGAAAGGAGCGGGUCACCCCUGUUACCUGGACAACCCGGAUACUUGGCACAAAGCCCUCACUGACUUCCUUAAUACCCUGUGAAGCUGCUCAUUGUGUUUCAGUGGAGAGAUUCUCAACAAAGAACUGUCACAUGUAAAUAACUCAAAGGAGCCACACAAAUACACAUUAUCCAUUCAUGAGAAACGAAACAGAUUUUGACUUUUUAAAUAGAAUGCCAAAAGCCAGUAUUGAAACUGGAAAUAAAGACUUUUCUAAACUUUUGAAGCAUAAGUAAGACAUUUUGAGAUAUAUACGCUCAUUCACUUUUUCUACUGAGAGUUAGAUAGGACCAUUGAUGUCUAUAUGGUAAACAUGAAGCUACGGCUAACAGAGAGCUAACCUAGCUUAGCAUAAAUACUUGAAACGGGUAAACUAGCCUGGCUCUCUCCAAAGGUAGCAAAAUCAACCUACCAUCACUUCUAAAACCCACUAAUUAACAUGUUUUAUCGAUUUAUCUUUUCCUGUUUCCAGUCUUUGUGCUAAGCUACUUUAGCUGCUGGUUUGAAUCAUAUGAGAAACGUGAGUUAAUUGUCUUGUCUCAUUAAGAAAGCUAAUACAGUUAGUGUAUUUCCAGCAUGUAAAACUUUUUUUUUUAAAGAUUUUCUAUUUUCAGUGUAAUCUGAAAAUAAAUUAAUCUCAACCUGUGUCUCGACUGAAAAAAAACACACGCUGAAUGAAGUGAAAAAUAUGAACAUUAUUUAAUAACUGAUUCUCUGUAAUAAACAAUUUGAAAAUAUUUUACAAGGAGUCACAGACACAAUAUUUUACAAAUUUUGCUCUCUUCUUUUUUUCAGCUUCAUCUGUACAAAAGAAUGGAGCGACAUGGACCAGUGCCCAGAAAAGAAGGAGCUAAAUCUUCCACGCACACAAACAUUCACACUCACACAAAUAAAAACAAAACAAAAAAUAAUUGAAAACAGUUUGUUUCAGAUCUCAAACUUAUCAACAGUGCUGUAUUCCUAUAUAUUUUAUAACUUCACUUAAAAUUCAACUGAUUUUACACUUUUUUUCUCUAAAUGUUUGCUGUUAUUUUUUAUUUUUUUUACACACUUGUCAAACAUGGUCACAUAGCACCAGACUACAGAAUCACAUACACACGUCUUUCCCACAGAGACGCACCAACACAGAUGCAGCAAGGGUCGGGACGGGAGGGGGCAAGAGGCUUUAUGAAAACCAUCCCCUACUUCUUUGAGGGUCCUGUCCUAAAGCUGACCCCCUCCCUCUUAUCAUCCCCAAGCUGGUCCAAUUUUCUAUUAUUUUUUUUUUCUUCUUUUUGGCAAAAGUAAAUUUGUCAAACCACAGAUAGACGUGUGUUUCCUUAAGGAGACUUUUUUUUUUCUCUUGUCAGGAUGCACACACAGACGUCACUACAUGAUUCCUCCAUGACCUUCUGUUGGACCGCCCGUGCUGCUCUGUGGAGACCCACUCCCUGACUUUGCCUCUGAUAUUCCACCC